AUGGUCGGCGUUCUCUUUAAAAUUGCUGAUAUCCUAUCACUGUCGGUGAUUUGGAACAGUGAUCUGCUGAAGAUGUCCUGUUUCAAAUUAAUGUUUCCUCUUGGUGUGCUCGACUGUUUGACGAUUAUUUUGUGCAACUUUUAUACAGGCUAUUUGUAUGUGAUCGAUUUCGAGUACUGCAUGUAUCCGUAUACGAGCUACUUUGUCGGAGUUCUGCUAGCCAGUGAUCAACAACAUAAAGAUUGUCAAAAAAGAAACAAACUUUUUCUAGUUGUUGUCAACUCAUGUUUUAUGCUUAGUCUGCAACUUGGUUUCAAUCAUUUUAUCGAUGUGUGGAGAGCUGAAAUUGGAGAUUUACUUUUCAAGUACACAUCGAUUUUUCAAACGACCACAAACACCGUUGUGUCGAUAGCGAUUUCCCUGUGCUACAUAGCGAUCUACAGCUCGUAUAUGGCAAAAGUUCGACUCGGCACCAGUCAAUCGCAAAAUCGAUUUCAAAGAAAAAUUCUCAUCGAAACGAUUCUCGUCUGUCUUCCCACCCUUUCCACAGCCUCUCUUUGGGCAUCAUUUGCUUUCGUUUAUCCAUCCGAUUUUCUAAUGCAUUUAGCGCAUUUGAGCUGGCAGCUUAUGCAUGGCAUGCCGGCUAUCGUUUAUCUGUUCGUGAAUAAAACGAUUCAGAAACGAGCAUUUCGAAGGCCAGCUGUCUGGUUGAAUCUAUCGGUUUCUCGUGGUGGAUCCUAUGCAGAUAAAGUCCAACCGAUACCGUUAACAACAACAGAAAACCAAUCGAUCAACGCUCUAAAAUAU